UCUUCUCUCUCCGUCGCGUCCGCUCGUCCGUCGUGCUGCCGUCGGCCUGCGGCGCUCGUUGCCAGGUCCGCUCGCCAAGCGCCCCGCUCGCCGCCGCGCGGCCUUACUCCCACGCCUCGCCGGCCAGCCUCUCUCCGCCCUCACGCGCCCGCGACCUGCGCGCACUCGAGAGAUCCAGGAAUCCAGCACCCCCUAAACCCUACCGGCUCAGCGCGUCCCCUUAGCGCUGGCGGCGGCAAUGGAGGACGAGGAGAUGGAGAAGAAAGUGCAGCAGUACCUGCAGCGCAAGGGGUUCCGCCUCACCGAGCUUGCGUUGCAGGAGGAGCGUAACCGCCUCACCACCUCCGUCGUCUCCGACGUCACGCUUGCCAGAUCUGACAAUGAUCCGGGAAGAUACCAUGAUGGAUAUAGUAGACUAAGAACAUGGGCAUAUAGUUCUCUUGAUCAAUACAAGCAUGAAUUACUCCGUGUCCUUUACCCAGUCUUUAUCCAUUGCUUCAUGGAUCUCGUGGCAGAGGGACAUAUGCAGGAAGCUCGGUCAUUUUUCCAUAAGUUUCGGGAAGAUCAUGAAGUAAUGCAUUCAAGGGAUCUUCAGAAGCUGGAAGGUGUCCUCUCCCCUUCACAUCUGGAGGAAAUGGAACUGGCCCGAUCUUUAAGGCAAAAUAAAUUUAAAAUUAAAUUAUGCGAGUAUUCAUAUGAAUUGCUUCUCCAGUAUCUCCAGAAAACACAAGCCCUUGUUGUGCUUGGUGUAAUCAAUGAGCACAUAACUUUUGAAGUAUCUCCUGGGCAGCCCUCGUUAAUUUCUGAUGAUGCGGACGUUGUUGCUCUGAUUGGAACAAGUAAGGACUUGGCAAAGCAGAUAAAUCAGAAGGAAGUGCAUUGGGGGUUGCUUGAAGAUUCUGUUGAAGAGCGAAUGGAGAAGGCACUAGCAGAAUCUGAUAAAGUUGAAGCUGAAAGCAAGGAUGCUGGCACAGAAGAUAACAAGAAAAGAAACGCAGAAGGUGGAAAGCAAGGUGCUUCUCUUAAGAAGAGCAAAAAGGAUAAGCUUGUAGGUGCAACUGGAAAAAACGUCAGAACUGAAACAAGCAUGGUUUCUGUGGCACCUCGUGUGAAAGCAGAGCUAACUCUGCCAACAACGCCUGUCGAAGUUGAACAAUCAAUUCUUGAGGAUCUGCGAAACCGUGCACAACUGAAUAGUGUGGCAUUGCCGUCUGUUAUCUUCUACACAUUCCUCAAUACACAUAAUGGAUUAAACUGCUCAUCGAUAUCACAAGAUGGAUCUUUGGUUGUGGGUGGGUUUUCUGAUUCGUCAGUGAAGGUUUGGGAUAUGUCAAAGAUUGGUCAACCAGCAAAAACAUCUAGUUUACAGGGGGAGAAUGGAUCUUCCCAGGGUGAACGCAUGUCAACAAUAGAUGAGGGGAAAAAAACUUAUACACUAUUCCAAGGUCAUUCUGGACCAGUUUAUUCAGCGGCCUUUAGCCCGUUUGGGGAUUUUCUCUUGUCAUCAUCUUCAGAUUCAACAAUUAGACUUUGGAGUACCAAGCUGAACGCCAAUCUUGUCUGCUACAAAGGACACAAUUAUCCAGUUUGGGAUGUCCAAUUCAGCCCAGUUGGUCAUUACUUUGCUAGUGCUUCACAUGACAGGACUGCUAGAAUCUGGUCAAUGGAUAAAAUUCAGCCUUUGCGGAUAAUGGCUGGGCAUCUUUCUGAUGUUGAUUGUGUCCAGUGGCAUGUAAACUGUAACUACAUCGCCACUGGUUCUAGCGACAAAACUGUAAGACUAUGGGAUGUUCAGUCAGGUGAAUGUAUACGGAUGUUUAUUGGUCAUAGGAGUAUGGUUUUAUCACUGGCAAUGUCACCCGAUGGACGAUACAUGGCCUCUGGAGAUGAAGAUGGGACCAUCAUGAUAUGGGAUCUAUCUACUGGUCGCUGUGUUUCACCACUACUAGGCCACAGCUCUUGUGUGUGGACACUUGCUUUCAGCUGUGAAGGGGCAUUGCUUGCAUCUGGAUCAGCCGACUGUACUGUAAAACUAUGGGAUGUCGCUUCCAGCACAAAGGCCCUGAAGACAGAGGACACCAAAGGCAGUACAGCUAACCGACUGAGGUUGCUUAAAGCUCUCCCUACAAAAUCAACUCCUGUUUAUAGCCUGCGGUUCUCUCGGCGGAACCUUCUAUUUGCAUCCGGUGCUCUCUCGCUGGACACGUCGUAAGCUGCACUGUGAAGUGGACCUGCUUGUGGAUUUUAUAUUUCCAUUGUAGAUUUGUAGAGCUUACAUUUUCAUUGGCGAUUCCCAAUGAACCCAGCAUGUAGCGUCUAACUGUGGCCCGCAACCAUCGCGGAUCCUCGUAAGCACGAUUGAUGUUGUAAAAACAUAGUAUUACAUUGUAAAAUUACCAUUUUCUAGGCUGCGGAAUGGAAAACGUGAUGAAUGCAACUUAAGGCA